AUGUCGACGCCGCCGUACCCCUCCUUUGCCGAAGCCCCUCUCUUCUCUGCCCCUGGCUUUGGUACGUUGAUGAUUGCAACUCUAGACUGGAAAGGCAUCCCCGCAUACGUUAUUAGUCUGGCGCGAGGGUUGAGUGCUAUUGUCGGCAUCAGGGCAACCUUGCUCUACCCGGUGAUGCACUCUUGGGUGUCGACUCUUCGAACAUGCCUUUGGUCCAUUUGGAUGCAGUGGUGCUGCCUGCUGCUUUGUGCUGGUUCCAUCUGGGUGAGAGGCCUGGCGUCGGCAUGGGUGCUCAUGGGUGGCGUCGCAGCAUCCCGCCUUGGUCUCUGGAUGUUCGACCUGGCGGUGACGCAGCUGAUGCAGGACAAUGUCCCAGACUCGGAGCGGUGCGUCGUCGGAGGGGUCCAGAACUCGCUGCAGUCCAUGUUCACCUUGCUUACCUACCUUAUGGGCAUAAUCGUCUCUAACCCUAAAGAUUUCAGCGAGCUUAUCGUCUUGUCCUUCAUGCUGGUGAGCUGUGCUGCCAUCAUGUACACAUUGCACAUAUACCGCGUGAGGAAGCACCUCUUCCACCUCGACAAGAUCUUCGCCAAGAUGGAUUUAUUUAACAAUUAUUAG